GCGCACUUUUUCCUCAAAGUGCUCUUUACGCAUACAGGUAACCCAACACUGCUUUCAGCUUUAGAGAAGAUGACUUUUUACGAUGGCAUUUACCCGUUUUAUCCACUACAAAGGAGACCGUUCAUCAUCGACACAAGCUUACUGGUUGCUAUUCUGGUUUUCUCGGUUUUGGCUGUCAGUUUCCUCCUCAUCCUGCCGGGAAUACGCGGCAAAUCGAGACUGUUCUGGAUGUUCAGGAUAAUAAUUAGUUUAUUCAUUGGAGCUGUUUUAGUUGCGCUAAAUUUUACUGGAGAUUGGGCCGAAGCCAGCGUGAAGGCCAAUGCCUCUUACAAGUCCUUCAGUAAUGCAGUGGUAUCAGCUGACGUGGGUCUGCAUGUUGGACUGUAUGGUAUCAACAUCACACUCAGAGGAAACCCUGUAUCGCAGAUAAACGAGACUAUAGACUACAAUGAAAUCUUCAGUUGGUCCGAAAAUAUGGAUGACCAGUAUGCCGAUGCGCUGGAGAGGGGUCUGCCCAACCCUAUCCUUUACAUCGCUGAGAAAUUCACCAGCAACAGCGCUUGUGGACUCAUCUAUCAAUACAGAUACUCUGGACGGUUUGCAUCAGCCAGUCUGUGGACGUCUUUUUUCUGCUGGCUGGUGGCCAAUAUCCUCUUUUCAAUGCCCGUCAUCCUCUAUGCUGGGUACAUGAUGAUAGUCACGGCCACUUUCAUCUUCUUCUCCAUGGCUUCCUUCUCAACGAUAUACAACACAUACCCAUGUGACUUCAAUAUUGGCGCAGAUUCAUUUAGGACAAACUACAGCCAUUCCUUCUGGCUAGCUUUGGCAACGGGUUUACUGAGCGCUCUUAUUGGUUUGAUGGUGGUGUUGCUGGGUUAUCUAUUUCCUGUCAAGAUGAGGGAGGCGUUCAGUGUGGCCUUGGAUAGUGAGGAUGAGGAAGGUCACACUGAGGAAGGCUACCUCAACAAAGGCUUUCUAGAUGGAGUGAUAUGCGAUGACAUCAAUCAGAUGAGAAAUAGCAAGGAACCUCAGCAGAUCGAUACAUUAACGCAACUCUGAGUCAGUUUUCAUCCACUCACACUACUUGAACAUCUGAGAUUGAAAAGCUCAGAGCAGCUCCAUAUAAUUUAUAGACUUUGUAAUGUAUAGUAUUUGUGUUACUGUCUCUCUUGUACCUGCU